CUAACCUAAUGCUGUGACAGGAAGAAGUGCAAGAUGGCGGCAGGGAUGCGGCCGCCUUCUGGUCACUCGCAUGGCCAUCCACACAACCACGCCAUGCCGAGGAGAAAAGUCACAAUUUCAUUUGUGAUACGAGAUGAAGAAGAAUCUCUGCAUAGGUCAGGUGUAAAUGCACUUCAGUUUGACAAACAUACUGGUCGACUGUAUUCUGCAGGACGAGAUUCUAUCAUUCGAUGUUGGAACACAACUGUAGACAAGAACUGCUACAUAGCAUCUCUUGAGCACCACACAGACUGGGUGAAUGAUAUAGUCCUUUGCUGCAAUGGUAGAACAAUAUUAUCUGCAUCAUCUGACACAACUGUUAAAGUGUGGGAUUCAGGGCGGAGUUUUUGUAUGUCCACCCUGCGCACACACAAAGACUAUGUCAAGGCACUUGCAUAUGCAAGUCAGAAAGAAUUGGUGGCCUCUGGAGGACUUGAUAGGCAAAUAUUUCUGUGGGAUGUGAACACUUUAACAGCUCUAACAGCUACAAAUAAUACAGUCACAAGUAGCCAGAGAGGUGAAGGUAACCACAUGAGAGAAGGAUGUGUCAGUAAUCUGCACUCUGAUGUUCAUUCACCCUCUUCAUCACUGAAUGGUCAAAAAGACUCAAUAUACAGCUUAGCAUUAAACACCAUGGGCACUGUACUUAUCUCUGGCUCUACUGAGAAGAUUUUGAGAGUAUGGGAUCCUCGUACAUGUUCUAAAGUCAUGAAACUAAAAGGUCAUACAGAUAAUGUGAAAGCCAUCAUCAUCAAUCCUGAAGGAACACAGUGUCUAUCAGGAAGCUCAGAUGGAACCAUACGUCUUUGGUCAUUAGGGCAACAGAGAUGUAUCACGACAUACAGAAUUCACGGGGAAGGUGUGUGGGCACUGUGUGCUAAUGACAACUUUACUGGGUUCUAUUCAAGUGGUCGAGACAAACAUGUCAUGUGGACUGAUCUGAACAUGGAGAAUUCUUCCACUCUUUUAUUUGUAGAGGAUGCUCCAGUGUUAAAAUUGGAGCUUUGUGAUGAACCCCACUCUCUGUGGGUUGCUACUACAAAUUCUACAAUAAAUAACUGGCCAGUAAAGAUCCCAUACCUUAAUGACCAGGACAGCAUGGAUGUUGGAGACACAGAUCCUCAGCCCCUUUGUUCAUCGCCAAGGAAGACAAUACCAGGGGCACCCAGCAUACGGAAAUUUCAUGUCCUAAGAGACAGACGACAUGUCAUAACAAAGGACACAGAUGGAAGGGUGUCUGUUUGGGAUGUGCUAAAAGCAUGUAAGGUGGAGGGUCUGGGUCUGGUGGAUUAUGAAGAAGAAAUCAAGAAAAGAACACAGAUGGUUUAUGUACCAAAUUGGUUUUCAGUUGACAUCAAGACUGGGAUGCUCACAAUAAAUCUGGAAGAGAGCGACUGUUUUGCAGCUUGGAUUUCAGUAACAGAUGUUACAGGAUUACAACCAAAAACUGUGGAUGGAAAAGCGUAUGUUACAGAUAUCAAGCAUGUUAAUUACGGAGUGCUUCUUUUGCAAGCCAUAUUGGAACACUGGAGGGAGACUUACACUGGAACAGCGGAUGAAACUGAUCGAGAUUUCCCCAGAGCUGAUUCACCAGAAAGUGGAGAUGCAAGCGCCAGUGAAGUUAACCUGAACCUCGAGUCUCGUGUAAUGAUGGGUAAUGGUUUCUUCAGUGUUCCUGAGCACACACCCUUGAUCUUCACAGAGAGUAGUGGCACAGGGCGGACGUUGUUCCGCCUGCUGGUAGCAGAUGCCUCGGGAGAGAAUGAAGCAUAUCUAUUGGCUGAAACUGUCCCUAACUGGGCUGUUGACGUCACGGUCAAGAAACUGUCACCGAAAUUCAAUAAGAUAGCGUUCUUCCUGCAACCUCAUUCAUCGAGCUCGUCGAAGGCACUGAAGAGGGAUCGCUUGUCGGCCAGUGAUAUGCUGCAUGUGCGCAAAGUGAUUGAGCAUGUAUACGAGAAGGUGGUGGGAAAUGACAACGCCAGCAACUCAGGUAACCACGCUGAUAAAGAGCAUGCCGGACCGCCAACCGAGGAAGAACUGGAGGAACUAUUAGCGUUAGCUGAGGCACGGGUCGAACUUCUUUGUCACGAACAGGUACUAGAUCCUAGCAUGGACUUACGAACAGUGCGACAUUUUAUUUGGAAAGGAGGAGGAGACCUGGUACUUCAGUACCGAAUCAUGAAAUGAACGUGAAAUGAACGUGAAAUGAACCCUUUAGCCUUGCCCCAGUCCCCUUUGGAGCCAAAUAAGCGAGGGAAAGCUUGGUCGAGGAUAUUUUCCUCAUAGUGCGUGACGUGAAACUUGAUUACUGUUGCUCAGCAGUCAUGUUAGAGUUAGCGCUAGACUUCGGUGCCUUUUUUUCUGAAAUGGGCCAGCGCACUUGAAGAGGUCUUCCUCCAAACAAAAGUGGUUUGCUACACAUUGAAGAUUUCAGAGGAUUUAUUUAUUUUUCGACGCUUGCUAGCUUAUUUGUUAUCAAUGGUGGCAUGUUGCAGAGGAGGAGGUCGGUGGGACGAUAAUUAGUUGUGUAAUUUGAUAGCCCGGGGCCCUGCACACAUGUACAGUGUACAGUAAACUUUUUAAAAACAGUUAUUGAUGGAAAGUUCGAUGCAUUACAAAGGUCCUUUAAAAUGCAUGUAAUACAUGAUUAAAUUUGAAAUUUUGCCCUGAA